UCUCGCUCUGUUGCCCAGGCUGGAGUGCAACAGCGCAAUCUUGGCUCACUGCAACCUCUGCCUCCCAGAUUCAAGCGACUCUCCUGCCUCCAGCCUUCCGAGUAGCUAGGAUCACAGCCGCACGCCACCAUGACCAGCCACCCUUUGUAUUUUUAGUAGAGACGGGGUUUCACCUUGUUGGUCAGGCUGGUCUCAAACUCCUGACCUCAUGAUCCACCCGCCUCGGCCUCCCAAAGUGCUGGGAUUACAGGCAUGAGCCACCAUGCCCAGCCAUUCUUUUAUUUCUUAUCCUUCUGUGGCUUUUUAUUCUGUUAGGUACCCCCUCUUUAAACUCCCUCUCCCAGUGUCUGAAUCUGAAUUAUGAGUUUCUGAAUCACUGAAUUAUUGUGCUUCUCAGGACAAAUCUUACCUCUGAUGAUUCUUUCUAUACCAUCUUUACUAGUUUUUCUUCCCUCUUUUAUCCAAACUAGUUGGCAUAGCUACUAACCCACUAUUUCGCUUUCCUUAUUUUCUCCCUCACUACCAUUUAUGGCCUCAUGGUUUAAAUAAUCAGGUUUAUAUUGGAGACUAUUAAAACCUUUCUCACCUCACACUUAACGUAUGUAAACCAAACUCAUCCACUUCCCCUCAAAUUACUCACCAUCUCUCCUCUUUCCCCAGUAUUGUUCCUUUAUCAUAGCUAACAUCUGGGAAUUAUCUUCAACUUCUCCCCUCCCUUUAUACUAUCCAGUCUCUAUUAAAUCAUAUUUCAAAAUAUCUCCUAAAUUUUUUCAUUCUUUUCCAUUUUCUUUGCCUUCACUCCAACCCAGGCCAAGAUUGCUCUCACUCCAACCCAGGCCAAGAUUGCUCUCACAACUGGACUUAAGCAAAAAUAUCCUGAAUGGGGUUAGGGCUCCUUUGCCACCAUUCCCCCACCUUCCUAGGAUACUCUGAUUGUAAUGGUCAGGGGGAUAAAAUGAAAGGAGAAGUGGGCUUGAAAUCAGGAGGCCAAGAAGUUCCCUCUCUGCCACUCCAGGUGUGACCUUGAGCAUGUUUCUUUCUUCUUUUGAGUCCUGGGAAUUUCCUUAUCUGCAAAAUGGCAAUUUGGAUUACCCUCAUGAGCUCUAAGCUGCCUUGCAUUCUAACAAUCUUCUGCUCUGACACGUCUUUGCUCAAAGAAUGGCAAUGACGACCUUUUCUCCACCAGAAUCACAGCUGGUACUCAAAUGUUUUCCAGCUUGCAUUGUCCCUUACAUCCAGACUGCUCACUUCACCAUAUCCCUAAUGAGCCCCAGGCUUUCCACUAUAAAUGUCAGUUCCCUGUACUAUUGUUCUUCUUCUGCAAUUAAAUUACUCAUUUUGCAAACGUUUAUGGAGUAACUAUUAAUGAACAAGGCACUUUGCUAGGUCCUGGAAAUAGCGAGGUAAACCACAUAAUCCUUGCCCUCAAAGAAUUUACCACCUCAUUGGAGAUAUGGCUAAGUAGCUAACAUGUAAUAUUGUAUUAAGUGCUAUGCUGGAAAAAGUAAUACAUCUCAGCUGUUUGGGGGGAAGAAAGGGCAUUACUUAACAAGAUGGGAUACCCAGGAAGACUUCGGAAAGGCUGCACUAAUUCCAAACUGAAUCUUUAAAUCUUAAAAGGAAAAAUAAGACUGAAGGAGGUGAGAAAGUGUGUGCUAUGCCUACCUUGAAGGGCGGAGAAGAGAGGGGAAUUAUUAUUAUUUUUAUUAUUAAGAACAGGGUAUACUGAAAAACACUGGAGUGUAGAGGGCAGGCGGCAAGCGGUGAGGUUGGUCAUGAUAAAUAGCCCUCAAUGUCACCCUAAGGAAUUUGAGGUUUCACCGAGGAAAGGAUGGAGUACAGGCUGUAUUCUGAAUCAGAUAAUUCCUUUCCUGGUCUGUUAUUGGGAAAAGGUGGUUGUUGGGCACUGAAACGGUCAAAGCCGAUGGCAGGAUAAUCCGGUAGGGGGAAAUGGUGGUCUGCCAAAAAUUGUUCCGGCUACUAAUUGGUCCACUAAAACAAUGCGGUGACCGAUGCCUCACGGCCUCUUCAAGCUAACAGGACUCUAGUCGGAGUCGGCCUAGUGACCACCGUCAGUGCCCAUCAGCGCCCGGCCGCCGCCUCACAGGGGAAGGACCCACCGGGGAGGGAGCAGCCUGCGACGUCGCGAGAUUUCUCGUGAGCGGCGCUUGGACAGCGCGUCUGGUCGCCCAGCAACCGCCGCUGGUCGGCGUAGGGACCCGGCGCCGAUGAAACCCACCAAACUGGAGUUACCUACCGGACUGUCCCGCGAGCGGUAUCUGGGAGGCAAUUACAUUGCUGUCAUAGAAGGUUUAGAAGAAUUAGGAGAACUAAGAGAGCUUCAUGUUGAGAAUCAGAGGCUUCCCCUUGGGGAAAAGCUUCUGUUUGAUCCAAGAACUCUUCAUUCUCUGGCAAAAUCCCUCUGUAUAUUGAAUAUCAGCAAUAAUAAUAUUGAUGACAUUAGAGACUUAGAAAUACUGGAGAAUCUUAAUCAGCUCAUAGCCGUUGACAACCAACUUCUGCAUGUGAAGGAUUUGGAGUUUUUACUGAACAAGUUGAUGAAGCUGUGGAAAAUUGAUCUAAAUGGAAAUCCUGUUUGUCUCAAACCAAAAUACAGGGACAGACUGAUAUUGGUGUCCAAAUCACUGGAAUUUCUUGAUGGAAAAGAAAUUAAAAAUAUAGAAAGACAAUUCCUAAUGAAUUGGAAAGCAUCCAAAGAUGCCAAGAAAAUCAGCAAAAAAAGGAGCAGUAAAAAUGAGGAUGCAAGCAAUUCACUCAUAAGUAACUUCAAAACAAUGCAUCAUAUAGUUCCUGUUUAUUACCCACAGGUGGGUAAGCCAAAAUUAGUCUUUUUCUCUGAAAUACAGAGAUACCCUGUAAAUGCAAAUGCAUCUCCAGAAAGUUCCUGAGAAGAUUACACUAAAAUUAUUGAAGAGAUGGGGAAUCUCUCUUUGAAGCAAUCUGAAAGCUUGCUGACAAAAAAUGAUGUGCAUGAACCUCACCUCUUCCAUAACCCCGAAGAAAAAGAAAAUUUGUUUGUGGAAAAUGAGUAAAUUCAGCCUCAAGUGACAGGAAACGUUUGAUUUUGUUUUUAACCUUAUAGGACUAGGCAACAAUAUCUUUUGUGGGUUUGUAGCUUUAUGGUAUCUCAUAAUAUAAGAAAAACUUUUAAGUUA